CGAAAAAUAAUUCUCUUCUCCUCUCUUUCAAUCUCUUCUUCUUGUUUAGCAAUGUUGCAAAUUUUGGUUGCACUUGUGCUGUUGGGAAACAGUGCAACAGCCCAAAAAAUUAACCCUGCCAACUGGGCCAACCGUGGCUCAUCUCAAAUUGCAGCUUCAACUCCUCCACAUAUUUCAAAUUCGGAUGCCGCUCCGAGCUAUAUAAGAGGUCGAAAGAUUACUUAUGAGCCUUCUAUCUCCAUCGAUAGAUGUGUUCCCUCUGGUCCGAAUCCAAUACAUCAUCGUUGUGCACCAGCACCUCCAACGCCUCCGCAUAUGCCAAAUUCGGAGCAUAUAAAAAGUGACCGAAAGAUUACCUUUGAGCCUUCUAUCUCUGUUGAUAGAUGCGUUCCCUCUGGUCCGAAUCCAAUACAUCAUCCUUGUGCACCUAAACCAGCACCUUCAACGCCUCCGCAUAUGCCAAAUUCGGAGCGUAUAACAAGACGGUUGAUUGGGAGGAAGAUUGUUGAUCCGGCAAAACCCUAUACCAAAAAGGAGUAGACAGAUAGAUCAAGGGUGACCGUGAGUGCACAACUCUAGUGGAAGAGUGUCAAGACUUCAAACUAUAAUUUAUAGUGGAUAAAAAAUGUUCUAUGUGAACCAAAAUAACAAAUAUUAUGUUUUGAACUGUUUCGUUUUUCAUGUAGUAAUCGUAAUGAAGUGGU